AGCCCACAUCUUACACUUUUCUAUUAUAUUAGUUUUAUCUCAGGGUCUUACUGUAUGAACCCCUUUUAUUAUUAUUAUUUGCAGAUGCCAACCUGUUAUUAUCACUAACCCCCUAUUUUGAGAUACAGCUUGAACUUAGCAAACUCCUCAUUACUUGACAGUUUGGGCGCUGAUAACGAUAAACUGCCGCAACGCUUCAAAACUCCUGUUUGCUACCAAAACGCAACAUUGUGGACGGUUUCAACAGCUGGGAGACGAAGUUUGAAAGCUUCCGUCAAACUGAAAAAGUGGCAAAGUGAGUGGAGCUGCAGGGUUAUUGGGUGAAAGGUGAACGGCGCGGCACAUUAUUGACUCAUAGAAUGCACAAUGCAGCGAGUGUGUCAGCCUCUCUGGGGUCUGUGGGACUGCUACGUCUGGUUGGGGUGUCCUGGUCCUGGACUCUGGCAGCAGGCCUAGGUGUAUAUCUGGGCACCAGAAGCUGGAAAUACUUCUACAUUGCAGCACGUACUGCCAAAAGAGACCUCAAUGGCCUGUAUGUGCUGCUGAGGGUGAAGCUGGCUUUGUGGCGUUACAUGCGCUCUGGAAGCAAUAUUCCUACCAUUUUCGCAGAGACAGUGAAACGCCACCCAAAUAAACCAGCUCUGAUCUAUGAAGCCACAGGAGAAACAUGGACCUUCAAUCAGCUGGAUGAGAUCUCUAAUGCAGUAGCUCACUGGGCAAGAGGUCAAGGAUGGGUCCCUGGGGAUGUGGUGGCUCUCUUUCUGGAAAGCAGGCCCUUACAUGUGGCUCUGUGGCUUGGCCUGGCCAAGGCUGGAGUGGAAGCUGCUCUUAUUAACUUCAGCCUCCGCUGCGAUCCUCUUCUGCACUGCAUUGGGGUGUCAGGGUCACGGGCUAUAGUGUUCGGAGCUGAGCUGGCUGAUGCCAUGCUGGAGAUUAAUUCAUCCCUCAGCCAGUCCAUGGUACGCUUUUGCACAGGGGACCUCAGUGCAGAGCAUUUGGCAGCUCUGGGAGCUCAACCUCUUGAUCCACUUCUAGCCACUGCAUCAAGACAUCCACCUUCACCAUGUGUUCCCCCAAAAGGCAUGAAUGACCGCCUGUUUUAUAUUUACACCUCUGGAACCACUGGACUUCCCAAAGCUGCUAUUGUGGUCCACAGUCGCUACUACAGAAUAGCUGCAUUUGGGUACUUUGCCUUUCGAAUGCAUCCUGAAGAUGUCAUCUAUGACUGCCUGCCCCUGUAUCACUCAGCAGGCAACAUUAUUGGAGUUGGUCAGUGUCUUAUCCAUGGUCUCACAGUGGUAGUGAAAAGGAAAUUCUCUGCCAGCCGCUUCUGGGAAGAUUGCAUCAAGUUCAACUGCACUGUGGUUCAGUAUAUUGGGGAAAUCUGUCGGUACCUCCUGUCACAGCCGGUCCGACCUUCUGAAAAGGGCCACAAAGUCCGCCUGGCAGUGGGGAACGGGUUGCGCCCCAGCGUUUGGGAAGCCUUCACGGAGAGAUUUGGGGUGGGGCAGAUCGGGGAGUUUUAUGGAGCUACUGAAUGCAACUGCAGCAUUGCCAACAUGGAUGGAAAGGUCGGAGCCUGUGGAUUUAACAGCCGCAUUCUACCCUACGUUUACCCCAUCCGGCUGGUGAAAGUCAACGAAGACACCAUGGAACUCAUUCGGGACAGCCAUGGUCUCUGUGUGCCUUGCCGCCCUGGGGAACCAGGCCUUCUAGUAGGACGAAUAAAUCAGAAGGACCCAUUACGGCGCUUUGAUGGAUAUGCCAACCAGGAUGCUACUAAGAAGAAGAUCAUUCACAAUGUCUUCAGGAAAAAUGAUACAGCAUAUUUGUCAGGGGAUGUGCUAGUGAUGGAUGAGCUGGGCUACAUGUACUUUCGUGACCGCAGCGGGGACACCUUCCGAUGGCGAGGGGAAAACGUUUCUACCACUGAGGUGGAGGGCAUACUCAACAGUGUUCUGAAUCAAACUGACGUGGCUGUGUACGGCGUAGCAGUGCCAGGUGUGGAAGGUAAAGCAGGCAUGGCUGCCAUUGCUGAUUCUACAGGGAACUUUGACUGCGACGGUUUCUUGCAGAAGAUUCAGAGAUUACUUCCUACUUAUGCCCGCCCAGUGUUCCUGCGAAUUUCCCCACAGAUAGACACCACAGGUACAUUUAAGAUCCAAAAGACCAGACUGCAGAGGGAGGGAUUUGACCCACGUCUCACAACAGACCAGAUCUUCUUUUUGAACGGUCGAGCUGCCCGUUAUGAGCCAGUGGAUGAGGAGCUUUACAACUCCAUAGUGGAGGGCAGAAUGUCUCUAUGACAUGUGGCCAUAGCGUUGCAUUCAAAGUGCCUCGGUCAGGGUGGCUAAUCAGGUGCUAGAGGGAAACACACAGGUAUGCACACAGCAAUGUCUGGAUCAUUCAGUUCUGCUGCAACACAGUUUUGAGUGUUGAGCAUUCAGGAAACAGAGUUUAGAUUAUUUACAUUGACUACUGUUACACGAGUUUGAACACUGAACAAGUAACACACUAGGACAUAAUGUGAGGGCUUGUUUUAAUCUUUUAACAGCCUUUUUUUUAAGUCACAAACAUUUCAAAAUGCCUUUGAGCAUUAACAUAGAGUGGAUUCCUCCCACAGCUAGUUUGAAGAUACAUGUUACAUUAACGGUGUUAGAAUAUAACCUGUAGUAUUAAGCAAAACUUUGUUCUAGAGCAUUUCCCAUUCAGGAAAUACUAAAUGCUGCUAGGUUUUACUGUGUAGGUUGAACUAUUGUUACUCUUACAUGUUUUAACGAGGUUGAAAUACCCGAUUUCAACAUGCAUAAUGAAUGUCUUUAAGGUCAAACCCAUUUUAACCUUAACAUAAAACCAUGCUAACCGUAAAAGCUAUUGGUGUUUUUAAUGCAAUGAAUAUCUAAACCUGCUUGUUCGACUUGAACCUCCAAACAACCCUGUCGUACCUCCAAACAAUGCAGAUUAUUCUAGUUUGUGCCUUUCAAAAACUUUGUAGCUAUUUCACAUUUUAUGCUUUUAAUGAAAAGGAUUUCAGAUAAAUUGUGGUUAUAAGCAGAGAAGCUAAGUUGCACAUUUUGACUGUUUUUAUGUAACAAAUCUCAUCAGUGUGAUAUAUAGGUGUUAGUUUGAUGUGCAAGCCCAAAUCUCUGAGUUGUGUUGUAACUCUAAUAAACAACUUCUUUAAAAAAAA